CUUAAUCCUAAAAUCGGUUUUCAAGUUAGCUGUUUCAGUUAUCUUGUGUACCCAGUUGGCUUCUUUAAACUUUUUUCUUGCAUAAUGUUACUUGAUGACGCGGUGAUAGCAUUAGCAGCUACAUAUAUAUAUAUAUUAUCAGCUUCAAUAUAUGUCCGAGAAUCGGAUCUUGAUGCUGGUUUGAAAUCUUUGUCGUCCUUGUUCAUUUUUGGUGGAAAUGAUUGUACUUGUGAAGGAAAAUUGGUCUCAGAAUUGGAAUGAAUGAGAGUAUGGCAGCACAGGGUACUGCCGCUUCAUAGCGAGUCUCCUUCUUAUUAGAUCAGUAUAGUUGGUCGAUUAAUUCAAUGGUCAGAUCUGGAAUUUCUGGUAGGUUCGCGUGGAAAGUAGCCAACUUUACUUGUGUUCUGUGAGGAAUACUUUGGCGAGGCAAAAAGAGGCUGUUCGUUUUAUUUCUGUCUCCUGAUAGGAUUCCAGAGAUGGAGAGCAUGCACAGUUUUUGGCAGCUGGGGGAUGAGCUCCGAGGGCAAUCCAAAGUAUCCGAGGAUCAGAAAUGGUUGAUGGCUGCGUCCAAACUGGCCGAACAAACUAGGUCAAAGGGCGAACGAUUCAACAAUCUUGAUCUGUCCAAGGGUCCAAGGGAGAAGUUUGGGUUUCAGGAGGAGAACAAUCUUGUUAACAUAUUGAGCUCGGAGUCCAAGUUCAAUGCUGCCUAUGAUAUGAAUGUCGUUUUCCAGAAGAAUACUUUGGGAAACCUGGCUGGAAGCAAAUAUAGCAGCAACAGCCUUGCAAACAAAGAGGGUAGAAAUGCUAAUAACAACAACAAUGACAAUUCAAAUGCUGCUGCAGAUAAAAGGUUCAAGACUUUGCCUGCCUCGGAGUGUCUCCCUAGAAAUGAAGUUCUUGGGGGUUAUAUAUUUGUGUGUAACAACGACACGAUGCUGGAAGAUUUGAAGCGUCAGCUCUUUGGUUUGCCUCCUAGAUACAGGGAUUCAGUUCGUGCCAUAACACCAGGCUUACCUUUGUUUCUCUACAACUACACAACUCAUCAGUUGCAUGGAAUUUUUGAGGCAACAAGCUUUGGAGGUUCAAACAUCGACCCAACUGCGUGGGAGGACAAGAAAUGCAAAGGCGAAUCCCGAUUUCCUGCCCAGGUGAGGAUCCGUGUAAGGAAACUGUGCAAGGCUUUGGAAGAGGAUGCGUUCAGGCCCGUCUUGCACCAUUACGAUGGCCCCAAGUUUCGACUUGAGCUCUCCAUCCCUGAGACCCUCGCUCUGAUGGAUCUCUGCGAACAAGCAGGCUCCCCCUCCCCGUGAGCAAAAUGUCUAUUUGUGUGUGCUUUGUGUAUUCUAUUUUCUACAUAAGGGUAGAAAUCAUGAUUCAAUGCAAGAAUAAGACAAUGGUUGUAUUGUAUUUUGUCAUAUAUGCUAACUUGAAUGAAGACUGGGUUUCAUUCA